AUGACAAAAGGCGGAUUGCACACAGCUCGUUUGGUUGUCCUCGUCCUAGUCUGUUGUACUGCUCGGAUUUGUGGUGAAGUGGAAGAACAAGGCACAUGCUCAAAGGACGAUGGAGUGGAUUGCGGCUCACAAAAUCUGGAAGUGACACCGGUUAUCACAAAGCUUGACGGUGUAGAGGUUGGACAUGUGCAAGAUGUGAUUCUUGACGGAAAAACUCAUCAGAUGAAGACUUUAUCUAUGAAGCCGCAAGUCUUGGAGAUUCAGCAUUUCUUGACGGAUGAUGAGUGUGAUCACGUCAUGCGCCUUGCCGAGAAGGUCGGCAUGUUUGAAAGCGUCACGAACACGCCAACAAAAUCCAGAAACGUCCAGAUCAUGGACAUGAACAAGGACACGGUUCUCAGUCUAAGGGAGUUUAUUCUGACGAUUGAGAACUCUUUUGACAUCUACUUGGACGAGGGCGACAUGCUGAAGAUGUAUGCCGACUUGGGGAUGGACCACAACGCAGAUGCGGAGAUAUCCAGGGAAGAGCUGUACGGGCAGGAUCCUAAGUCCGUUGCUGAGUGGCUGGAGGAAUACGUCACCAAACUGCCGCACAAAAAGUCCCGGAUGAGCCGACAGGCCUGGCUGUACCCCAGCAAAGUCCGCGACAAGGUUCUGGACGAGAUACAAGAGAGAGUGGUUAGCCUGGUUGGCUUACCUCGCAUCCUGAUCGACAAGAACGAUGAGUUCCAGGUUGUUCAGUACGGCCCGAAGGGGCACUACCACGCGCACUGGGACUCCGGGAGCUGGGCCGAGAAGUACCCGUGCUGUCACCACGUCAAGACGGGCAGCGGCGAGCGCUGUAAGUCAUGCAGGUUCAUGACAGUGCUUCUAUACCUGAAUAAAGUGGAUGGCGGAGGCGCUACUGCCUUUCCGAUCGCAAACAAUGAAACUUUCGACGAACACUCAUUCCGAAUGAGCGGCAAGAUUAACCUCCAUCAGCACUGUGAGGACGCCAACUUAGUGGUACCUGCGGAAAAGGGGAAAGCCAUCAUCUGGUACAACCACCACCUGGACCCUACUACAGGGUGGGUAGGAGAGCUGGACAGUUUCACCCUGCAUGGUGGCUGCGGGGUCACCAGAGGUCAGAAGUGGAUCGCCAACAAGUGGAUCCUGGUCAGCGACGAGAGAGAAAAGGACAUGGACCCGAACUACAGACCGAACAGGGCGUGAACUAUGGCGUAUGGACGGGAUUGAAAUCCUUUUCUGCAUACCUGUUUUGUUGGAAAUUACUUGCACUAGACACUCAGGUUUUUACCUGGACCGCUCAGACUUUAGGAACUAUGGAUCAUACUAGAAACUGUUCAGAAAGCUUUGUCAUUACUUUUUUAAUACUUUACUAGUAACUGUCAAUGAAGCAAAUAAACCCAGUGCAGGUUAAGUGCAGUGAAAUACCUGCUGCACAGCUCGAAUUGUACGUGCACUAACCUGGAUAUGCAGCCGGUAUUUCAAACCCUUAAUGGGGUGCAGUAUUACCUACCAUCUAUAUAUCUACACUUUCUAGAGGUGCCAAAACUUUUUCUCAAAAUGAGGUUAGACUUUUAUACGAUUUCUACAUGUUUAUGGGACGGAGGUGUUGUUUUUAGGUGGAGCUGGUUUAGGGAGCUUGUUAAGUAAAAAGUAAGUAAAAGUAAGUCAUACAAGCAUAUGCAAGUGAGAGGGCAGAGAUUUGAAUUCAGUUGAUUGACAGUGUUGUGGUCCUAGGUUGUGGUCACCAGGAAUGUGUACUGUGUAAUCAUGGUAUGAAACAUAAACCAUUGUUUAAUAGGGGAAUAGUUUCAGUUCUGCUUCUGUACUUGUUUUGUUAGUUUUGGUGCUGUGAGGUGGUGGUAUGUUUGUGCAAUACUUUUGUA